AUCCCCUGAUUCUAUUGACUGAUUGACUGGGUUAAAGAUCUUUUGUACCGUGUAUUUAACUCGAGACAUCUGGCUCGGAGAGGUUCGCUACUUGGAGCGAUCGUAUCGAACGCACUCCAGACACCACGGAAAAAUACCUUUAAAUGGGGACAGAGGAGACUAUGCAGUCAAGUGACUUAGUAUGACGAUCGUAUCGGAAACUCCUAGGUAGCGAUAUGUCGUCCCAGGCUGAUUUAACAUAGGGAAAGAGAGAGUGAAGACGGACUAUGGAUUACUCAGCGAUAAAUGAUACCCAAAACAACAAAACACAACGUCAGACAGUUUUACCAGACUAAGGGAUGUUAUGGACAUGUGCUUCAAACAAUGAAUUCUUUUAUCAUUUUGGAAAUAAUUUGUUUCCUUUAUCAAGUGUCGCUUACAGUGGGAGAGGCCAAGGGUCAUAGGUCACUAGGGAGCUGGGGGGAGUGGUCAGCCUGGUCAAAAUGUUCAGUGACCUGCGGUUACGGUACGUCCAGUCGGCACAAGGAAUGGCGUCAGCCGGACAAAAAGGACAAAUUCCCCUUCUAUGACAUCAUAGAGUGCUGGUCAGCUGUCGAGUGCCCAGUCCACGGUCGUUGGAGCAUAUGGCAGGAGUGGACGGUGUGUCCAGUCAUGUGUAACGGUGGGGUACAGAGGAGGGAGAGACAUUGUAACGAACCUGGACCCAAAUUCGGCGGGAAUAAGUGUUAUGGUGCAAAAUGGGAAGGAAAAGAGUGCGGAAUGCAGAAAUGUCCAGUCAUUCCCGCCAAUUUUACAAUGGCUUCAUGUGACCACACGUCAUUUAUCUGCGACAGCCGACGUCACUGUGUGCCUGGAGGCCAGCGUUGUGACGGUAUCCUACAAUGUCACGACGGGUCAGACGAACGGAAGUGCUUCAGUUAUGUCUUUAGAUGGAACGGAGUUCAAUCAUCAGGCGACGUUCUGAUGGGCAAUGCUCAACUUCUGACAUUCUCACUUGCUAUGGUCUUCGUUGUGAUUUCUCAACCUACAUGACAGAACGAUACAAGAAUAAACUAUUUGAGGAAGAUAUGUCCCUUUAAUUAAAAAGUGGUAUGCAGCCUGUGGUGUUAUCACGGUCCUUAACUCACAUUAAACCGUAAUAUAGACAGUACAUACUGGCGGAUGGGAUUAAUGGAUGUGAUUGACGGUGCCUCUCCGAGCUCAAACCAACGAAGUAGCAUGUUAUGCAGUGGAUGCUACGUUUUAAUGGU